AUGGCUGAUGAUGUUGAUGAAGACUGGGAUUUUCUGGAUGAUGAUGAUAUAGUACAAUAUGCAAUUAACAAAAAUCAGUCUUCCAAACCAUUAACAUUAAAGAAAUAUUUAAAACAACAAGAUAAUACUACAUCUACAACAUCUCCAUCAGCUCCAAUCUUUACAAUACCUACACAUCAUGAAAUGGAUUUUAAUGAAUUGAAAACUUACAUAUAUCCAACAAAUUUUGAAAUUAGAGAUUAUCAAUAUAAUAUAGUUAGAAAAGCAUUUUACGAUAAUUUAUUAGUUGCAUUACCUACUGGUUUAGGUAAGACUUUCAUAGCAUCAACAGUAAUGUUAAAUUUUCUACGAUGGUUUCCCAAUUCCAAGAUCAUAUUUGUGGCCCCUACAAAACCAUUAGUAGCACAACAAAUUAAAGCAUGUUGUUCAAUUACAGGAAUAUCAAGUUCAAAAGUUGCAAUCUUAUUAGAUAAAACAAGAAAAAAUAGAGAAGAUAUUUGGAAUUCACGUCAAGUAUUUUUUACAACUCCACAAGUUGUUGAAAAUGAUUUAGCUUCGGGUGUAGUAGAUCCAAAAUCAAUUGUUUUACUAGUCAUUGAUGAAGCUCAUAGAGCAAGAGGUAAUUAUUCAUAUAAUAAUGUUGUUACAUUUUUAAGAAGAUUCAAUGAUUCAUUUAGAACUUUGGCACUUACUGCUACUCCAGCAGCUGAUGUUGAAGGAGUUCAAGAUGUUAUUGAUAAUUUAAAGAUUUCAAAAGUUGAAGUAAGAACUGAACAAAGUAUUGAUAUUGUUAAAUAUAUGAAAAGGAAAAAAAUGAGUAGACGUGUUUUGGGACCAUCUUCAGAGAUUAAAGAAUGUGUUGAUUUGUUAGCAACUGCAAUUGAACCUGUAUUAAAAGCCGCUAAUGACAAGGGAUUAAUUGAUACUAAAGACCCAACCAAGAUUAAUCAUUUUAGAUGUAUGGACGCGUCUAGAAAACUUGUAAUGAAUAAAUCUAUACCUGAAGGUCUUAAAUGGGCAAAUUAUUUCCUGUUGCAAUUGCUUGGAGUCGUUGGUCAAUGUUAUAAAAGAUUGAAUAUUUACGGUGUUAAUUCUUUUUUCAGUUAUUUUAUGGACAAAUAUACAGAAUUUACAACUAAGUGGAAUAAAAAGAAAUCUAAAAAUAAAUUAAGUGCUGAUUUUUUUUUCAGUGAUUCAAUAAAAGAGUUAAUUGAAAAGAGAGAUACGAUAUUAAAAGAUGGUGCCUAUAGUCAUCCGAAAAUUGAAGCUUUAAUGGAAGAAUUGGAAGAUUUUUUCAAAGAUAGAGAAGAUCCAAGCUCAAGAGUAAUUGUAUUUACAGAAUAUCGUGAGUCCGCUUUGGAAAUUGUUAAAAGUAUUGAAAAAGUUGGUGGUAAUUUGAAACCUCAUAUUUUCAUUGGGCAAGCUAAAGAAAAAGAAAAAUUUGAUGAAGAUAAUUAUGGUAAAAAGAAAGGAACUAAGAAAAAGAAAGAUAAAGAUGAAAAUAGAGACACUACCAGAACUAGUUCUGAAAAUGCACAAAUAAGUGGUAUGAAUCAAAAACUUCAAAAAGAAACCAUCAAACAAUUUAAAAAAGGUGAUUAUAAUAUUCUAGUAGCUACAUCAAUUGGUGAAGAAGGUUUAGAUAUAGGUGAAGUUGAUUUAAUUGUAUGUUAUGAUUCAACUGCUUCUCCGAUUAAAAAUAUUCAACGUAUGGGUAGAACUGGUCGUAAAAGGGAUGGUAAAGUACUUUUAUUAUUUUCAAGUAAUGAAGAAACAAAAUUUGAUAAAGCAAUGGCAGGUUAUGAAUAUAUUCAAAGUCAUAUAAUGAAAGGCGAUUUGAUUACAUUAUGUCAACAGAAUAGAAUUCUACCUAAUCAUUAUUCACCAGAAGUUGUUGAAAAAUUUAUCGAAAUACCUGAAGAAAAUAUCGAGUUGAAGAAAGAAGAAGAUGAAGAUGAAAUUAUUAGAAUUGCAACUCAAUAUAUGUUGGGAAAUACUCCUAAAUCAUCCAAGAAACUGGGUCCAAAACAAAAGCAUCAAAAAAGAUUUUUCAUGCCAGAUAAUGUUGAAACUGGAUUUCAAAAUGUUUCUGAUAUGUUGAAAAUAGCAAAAGCUAAUAGUCCUAGGGAACCAACCACACCAAAAGCUACACCUAAAGCUGAUGCUAUUUUUGAAGAUUUACUUGAUUCAGAUAGUGAUUUUGAAAAAUCUAUGGAAAAUAGUUUCCAUAAACCACCACCCCCAAGAAAAGAUGUUGUUUCAAAGGUUCAGGUAAUCGAGUCUAGCGAAGAUGAUGAAGGUGAAGCUAAACAUGCAAAUACUCCUGCAACAUCAUUUAUUCAAGAUGAAAAUGAAGUAGACCUAAAAAGUUCAAAUUCAGUCCAUAAAUCUGAUACUUUUCCUUUCAGUGAUGAUGAUUAUAUAGAAAUUUUAGAAGUUGUUGAACAACCAAAGAAAACAUUGGGAAUGAAGAAACAAACGAACAUCAUCAAGAAUCAAAACCCACCUACCAAAAGAAUAUUAAUAGAUGAAGAAGAAGAACAUCAACUACAACAGAAUUCAAAAGAUCCUCCAUUCACAGUUAAAAAGAAAUCUUUAGGGAUCAAAAAACCAAGAACAUCAGAUAUAAUAGAAAAAUUGAAACAACAACCUACCAAAGAUGUAGUCAAAAAAGAAAUUGAAUCUCACUACUCAAAAUCAACUCCUUUAAAACCAAAAAUUGUAUCGUCAACACCAAUUGAACCACAAGUAAAACCGGAAGAUUCUGUUGAUGAUUUCGAUGACCUUGAUGAUGAUUUAGAUGAUGUUAUUGCUCAUUAUAUAUAA